UUCCUCAAGCAAGCUUGCUCGGGCUCCUCUACAAACCCAAACUGCCUCAGCAUGUUUCGUUCCGCCGUCCUUCUAGUUGUGGUGGCUGCGAUGGCAUUGGACCGACUGACAGCUGGCGCUCCAGUCCCAGACGUGACUCCGGGCAUCCUGCCUCUGACGGCUGAAGUUCAGGCUAAGCUUCCAUUCCCGCAGGAGGUUCUACCCAAACAGCUUCCACCUCUCUCACGACAGCGCAGAACUCUUAUUCCGCUGCUCAGUGCUCUAUUUCCACCUCCCGCAUCACAGCCCAGAGAUGUGCUUCCACCUCCUGCAUCACAGCCCAAUGAUCUGCCUCCACCUUCAACAACACAGCCCAAGCCGCAACUUCCACCUCAUACACUACUGCCCAAAGAUGUGCUUCCACCCCCUGCACCACAGCUCAAUGAUCAGCCUCUACCGUCAACACCACAGCCCAAGCCUGUGCUUCCAUCUCCCGCAUCACAGCCACAAGAUCUGACUCCACCUUCCGCCCUACAGCCCAAGCCUGUGCUUCCACCUCCCGCAUCGCAGCCCAAGCCUGUGCUUCCACCUCCUGCAUCACAGCCCAAUGAUCUGCCUCCAACUUCAACACCACAACCCAAGCCUAUGCUUCCUUGUUUAGCACCAUAGCCCAAGGAUAUAACUCCACCUCUGGCAACGCUGCCCACACCUCUACUUCCACCUCCCGCACGACAGCCCAAAGAUAUGAUUCCACCUCUCGCACCACAGACCGAAGAUUUGCCUGCACCUCCCGCACCACAGCCCGAGCCUCUGAUUCCACCUCUCGCACCACAGACCAAAGAUCUGCCUUAAACCCUGCACCUCAACGGAAACAAAUGUAUACAUACACCCACACACCACGGCAUUGACCUUUGCCUCCACCACCCGUACCAUAGUCCAAACCUCUGACUACGCCUCCAGCACUACAGACCGAAUUGACCGAACUUCUGACUUUAACUCCCGCUCUAGAGACCCAGCCAUUGCCUCUAGCUCCACAACCAUAGACCAAACCCAGGGAUUCCGCCCACAUAAGUGUGAGCAAAUUUGAGUCUUUCAAAGAAUUUUGAAGCAAAGAAAUGCCACGGAAAAUCACAAUAUAUUUAUUGAAAACCCCGAAUUUAAGAGCAAAGAAAAUACAAAGUUAACCCACCAUAUUUUUAUAAAAUCAUCCCAGAGACCUGCUCCACCAUCAGUUUAAAUUUCAAUAAUGUAAGCCUAAUCAACAGAAUAACCAAAUAAAAAUAUGCAAAUUUCACCUUUCCUGUAUUUGUAUCUGUGAAGUUUUUGAACUGAUGAUGGAGCUGGUCUCCGAAACUCAGCAUCGCCGUCAAAACUAUCUAUGUAUUUACAAUUCUAUUUGGAUAAUAAUUAAAAGUAGCAUUAAAACAAGACUUCAAGCCGUAUCAAAUUAUACGUCGGGAGUCUAAACUUCAUAUAUUUUCGCUGAAUGGGCUCCAGUUUCACCUGGUAUUUUCUCAAAUUAAUAUUAAUAAAUUUGUUCCUAAGUGCAAUAAUGUGAGCGUUGUUAAUUGUUCAUCUUCAUUAUUUGACCCAAUAUCUGAGGCUGUGUCAUGGGAAUGGAAUAUCUGGCUCAUUGUUUGGGAAUAAAUAUCUUAUAUACUAUUCAUGUAUUUUAUACAUAAAGUUUUAGAUUUUGAAAUGUGGAAUGUAUGUUCUGUAGGAAUCGCAUAAGACAAGGUAAUUACCUGU